AUGUCGUCAACUGAAGAUGUUUCCCAACUAAAAGCAGGACACCCUCCCGCAGUGAAAGCUGGUGGUAUGAGAAUUACUCAGCAUAAAGUGCCUCAUGUUAAGGAAACUAAAGAAACAACGACUGAAGAUUUAACUGGUCUCUCUGGCCCUUCCCCAGUUCCGUCCAACCCAGUCUCAAUUGCAGGAGCUCCAAACAGAGGCAAUGCAGACUUUACGCCGCAGGCGGCACAAGUAGCACAUAGUCCUAAGCCUCCAACUCAUAUUAACGUUAAACCAAGCCCAAACAUUCAACAACCCAGGAAGUAG